UAAAUUUAUUCAGUCAUUCAUUCAUCGAAGUGUUAUUACAAAAGUAUUUAACCUAGUUUUUAUUACGUUUGACAACUGCUGAAACAUUUACACAUAUAUUUACGUUACUCCGUCUUCUCUAAGAAUACACUAUAAUGUCAGUGAUUUUGAGAAAAAUAUUUAACAGCCGCAUCCAACACCAAUUUUAUAGACCCAAGAUGGGAGGCGUCGUAUGGUCGUGCCUGUUAUUUCUCUGAUGACCGAUAAUUUGUUUAUGACAAUUUGUUUAUGAAAAGUAUUUCGCAUUGAACAAAGUAGUCUUCCCAUCCCAUCCCAUACAGCCCCCUCUACUGGUUGCUAGGUAACAUCGCAACGAAUAGCGCGACCACUUCUCGGCUAUAAAAAACCCGUCUUAUGUUAGUUAAAUUUAGUUUUUAUCAUCUGCCGAUAUUAUAUUAUAUUUGGAGUAGCUAAGUACGUGACAAAACAACAGUCUCUUAUUAUUAUGAUAGAUACUUUCCUCCCUCACGAAACUACUUCGUUAAUGUUUCCUGUGCGGCGAAAACCGCACUAAAUUUAUCCUAGACGUAAUCUCAAUGAACACAGUCUACACAGCACUCGGCCCUUUUAUUUGCGUAAUGAUAGGGCAGCACUGGAAAACAAAUUAUAGUUUGGGUGGAAACUGAGAAUUAUGAAAUAUUCGGCUUUGGUUUGAAGAGGGCCCUCUGUCAGGUGUGUGUGUGAGGGUAUUCUUCCCAAUAUUUUUAGUACAACACCUUAACGAGAGUUAAAAAAAAACCCUUGCUUUCGAGUUGUACUACUAUGGUCUAGACAAGAGGAGGCACGAUAGCCGCCUUUUGGUUAUCAACGACAUGUCGGUGAUAGUCAAUGGAUUGCUGACGGCCUCGACGAAAAUAGUAUUCUUGUCUUGAGUUAUUUAUAGGGCGUUAUUUAUGCGCAGACCACUAAUACCAGCCGCAGUGACUACGGCCAUGAAGUGAUAAAGAUUCUACGUAUAGCAGAAAACUUGAAAUAGAGGGAGUAGAUUGGUUAUAAAUUACCUCACUAAAACGUAAGGUAAAACGAUAGGUAUUUAUUUAGGCUCCCAUUCGUGAUGACUCAUCGAAUGUUUACGUAUUUACCUGUCUUUUUUUGUGCGCCGCGAGUGGCGUUUGAAAUAACCGGCCUUCGCGUUGUCCCCUAGCGUCUAAAUCGCGGUUAUUAAGUCAAAAUGAAAGAAAAAAAGAACGGAAACGACCGUAGAUACUCUUUUAAAGCCGCGAUGACAUUUCACAAUAAGCCAAGGCCGUUUGUUCACCCUAUUAGAGGCGCACCCCUCGUGGGAAAGUAACAGCUGCUUUCGGGGUGGGUUAGUCACCCGUGUGUGGCGGAAAGUGUGUCAAGAAAAAGACGAGCAUGCCGGCGAGUAGGGACAAUAAGGGUAAUUCGGAAUAGGUUGGUGAUUUUCAUUUGGAUUUUUUCAAAUAUCUCCUCUGCGUCUUCUGGUUCAAGAAUUUUUUCUGUCUUUUAAACGGUUUUUGAAAAAUGGUAUUUUUUGCAGACCCUUGCACGCGUGAUUUUUAAUUUUUUUUAAAUACUACAUAUUAAUUAUAUUUUCUAGCUUAUAUUUUCACCCAAACUAUUGACCAGUUUUAUUGUAUACCAAAAUUUGCUGAGAAUAGAAACAAUAGUUGAUCAUUCACUCUUCCAGUUUAGUUACAAUUUUUUUUUAACUUUUACACAUAUAUUUUUUUACCCCCUGUUCUCAACGAAUACACUAUAAUUUAUUUUGAGAAUAUUAUUACCUAACAAUUAUCUUCACGAAUAUUUCCAACAAAAUUCCUUAUAAAUUCAGGGGCUUCGCCGAUAUCAUUUUCAAUAACAUGCGUAAUAGGUGCACCCAACACCAAUUUUAUGGUCCCAAGAGACGCGUCGUAUGGUCGUGCGCGUCGUUUCUCUUGUAACCGAUAAUUUGUUUACUUACAUAAAUAUGGUUCAGCGAAAAGGAGUAUUGCUAUUUUGCUUUUUUAUAAAACGUAUAUCCGCAUUUAAAUAUACCAUCCUAUCCCAAAUUUAAGAAAUAUCAAAGGUGUUUUUGUUUGGUUGAAUGGGCGAGGAAAAAAAAUUAUGGUUCAAACAAAUAAAACGGUUAAUAUAGAAUUAAACCAAAAAAAAAUUUCUGGGAAGCGCUUUUUUUAAUGAGGCGUGUCAAAUCUUCGAGCAAAAGUCUUUUGCAUUAAACAAGAUAGUCUUUAAUUUUAUUUCGAAAUCAUAUAUGAGGAAAGUUCAAAGGAGAAGAAUCUAAUACUUUUAGUAAAUAAAAAACAGUUUAAAAGGUUACUGGCAUACAUAGGCAUUUACUAAUUUGAAUAUGAACCGCGCCCCCAAUUUGAAAAGAGAUAAAAGCAAAUGAAAAAUGUUUUUAAAAUGUUUCACACUUAACUCUAUUUAGAGUAGCCAAGAAAUCGAUUUCUGAAAUACAGCCUAGGCUUUUUUUUUUCAGUAUGUGACCAAACAACAUUAUUAUUAUGAUAAAUACUUUCCUCCGUCACGAAACUAUUUCGUUAAUGUUUCCUGUGCGGCGAAAACCGCACUAAACUUAUCCCUCUAGACGCAAUCUCAAUAAAAACAGACUACACAACAGUCAGCCCUUUCAUUUGCGUAAUGAUAGGGCGGCACUGGAAAACAAAUUAUAGGUUGUGUAGAAACUGAGAAAUUUAUGCUCGGCUUUGGUUUUAAAAGGGCCACCAGACCUCCGUCUCUGUCAGACGUCGAAUUGCCCACUCAUAAAUGACCGUACCAAAGCCCAAGCCGAUUCUGAACCACGCGAGAUUCUUCAUGAUCUUAGCAGGUAUCUGGCCAUUUGGCUUACCCACUAAACGUUCGAUGGUUCUCAGAACUUACGGAAUCUACGCGGCAAUCGUGAGGGUGUUCUUCCCGAUAUUUUUAGUAUCGUUGUGUAUAGAGUUUGCAAUUUCCACGAUAAACGGUAAAAACCUCGAUCAAACCUUCGCCCAACUGAUAUACGUGAUCGCGUUGGUCAACGGAGGAGUUGGGGCGCUUCUUUACCAAAACUGCGAUUUCAAAGAAAUCAUAACUUUCAUAAUGAAAGAUGAUAAAGAGGUGAAGCAUUCCAAAGACGAGGAGAUCACUCGCUCCCACUUGGACCAGACGCGGAUGUGCUCCAAAGCGUGUUGGGCUAUCACGAUUAUGACGUUCGGAGCUAGCACUUCGAUGUGCCUCGAGAACUACUGGAGGAGAUACGAGAUCGAUCAGUACAACCAACACCACAACGAGAGUUUGGAAAAACCACUUGCUUUCGAGUUGUACUACUAUGGCCUGGACAAGAGGAAACACGAUAGCGGCCUUUUGAUUGUCAACGAUGUGUCGGUGGUAGUAAACGGGUUGUUGGUGGCCUCGACCAAGAUCGCUUUCUUCUCUUGCAUCAUUUAUCCGGCAUCGAUCUUGAAAAGGCUGCAGAUUAGAAUCGAAAGAUGGAAAGAAUGUGGUGGCUGCCUCACGGUGGUUUUGAAGGAACUCGUUCUGCAACAUCAGACCGUUAUACGGUUUAUUACAAAAUUGAAUGGAUCGAUUAAGUACCUCAUUUUUAUGGAGUUCCUGCUUAACUCCUUGAAUAUAGCCGCAGUCUCGAUUCAGUUUAUAACGUUCGAAAAGACCAUGCUGGCGUCUCCGAUACUAUUUUUCGGCAUUUUAUUUACCCAGACUUUUGUACUCGGCUGGAGUGCCAACGAAAUCAAAGUCCAGAGCUUGAUGCUAGCGGAUGCCCUGUAUCGCAGUCCGUGGUACGAACAAAACGAGACGGUGAAAAAAAUGGUACUGACAAUGAUAAUGCGCGCGCAAACGCCGCUGGUUCUGACCAUUGGGCCGUUCGACGCGAUGACGACGCAAUCGGCUCUCGCGAUAAUGAAGGGAUCAUACUCCUACGUCAGCGUAAUGUUAAAUAACUACCAGUGAAUAUAUUAUUAAUAUUAUUAAUUAUUGUAUUGUUACUAAUAAUAACAGCUAACUCAACCGUG